ACAAACCCUAUCUCUGCCAAUGCUGCCCGACACACAUUUCUAAAAUCCCCAAAUUCCUCAAACCCUAAUUUCUCAUGCUUCAAUAAACCCAAUAAAGACUCCUCCUUUCCCCCAAUUUCUGGUCUCUUCUCCUCUUCCAGAUUUUGGGUCUUCUUCCUUUCUUCAAUUCCUCAACACCCAUUUUCGUUUCUCAGAUUUCCCCCAAUUUCUAGUCCCCCAUUUUUCUGGGUCCGCCGAUUUUCAAUGGAAGGUGCAAUCUUGGUGUCUGCUCCGUCCUCUCCUCCCUCCUCAGCUUCUAUCCCCUCCGUGAUUCUGUCCCAAGAUGAAUUGAAGAAAAUCGCCGCCUACAAGGCCGUGGAAUACGUCGAGUCCGGCAUGGUUCUCGGCCUCGGCACCGGCUCCACGGCCAAGCACGCCGUCGACCGAAUCGGCGACCUCCUCCGCCAGGGGAAGCUCCACAACAUUGUGGGCAUACCCACCUCCAAGAAGACCCACGAGCAAGCUGUCUCCGUCGGAAUCCCUCUCGCCGAUCUCGACUCCCAUCCUGUCAUUGAUCUCGCCAUCGACGGCGCCGACGAGGUGGACCCCCACCUGAACCUGGUCAAGGGCCGAGGCGGGUCGCUGCUGAGAGAGAAGAUGGUGGAGGGAGCGUGCCGGAAAUUCGUGGUGAUUGUUGACGAGUCGAAGCUUGUGAAGCAUUUGGGGGGUAGCGGGCUGGCUAUGCCGGUGGAGGUUGUGCCGUUUUGCUGGAAGUUUACGGCCAGGAGGCUGCAGAGCUUGUUUGAGGAGGCGGGUUGUGUUGCGAAGCUGAGGACUUGUUCGGGGGCGAAGGGUGAGGCUUAUGUGACAGACAAUGGGAACUACAUUGUGGAUUUGUAUUUCGAGGAAGCCAUUGGGGAUUUGAAGGCGGCGAGCGAUGCGAUUUUGCAGCUUGCUGGUGUUGUGGAGCAUGGGAUGUUUCUGGAUAUGGCGACUACUGUGAUUGUUGCAGGGGAGCUUGGGAUAACGGUGAAGAAUAAGUAGGCCGGUAUCUGGAGGUAGUAUGAAUUUUAGUAUCUGACUUAUUAAUGUAGGAGCAAGUUUUUAUAGCUCUUUGCUUUGCAAUCAGAUUGUGGAACAUUUGGCUGGUCUUCAAUGUA